CUGACGCUGUGCUGAGGCCGCCCCCCGGGACCCCGGGGCUGCGAUGAGCCCCUGCAGACGGGCCCGGCGACACACGUCCAGAGGGGCCAUGGCAGUACUAGCGUGGAAGUUCCCGCGGGCCCGGCUACCGGUGGGAGCCAGUGCUCUUUGCGUCGUGGUUCUCUGUUGGCUCUACAUCUUCCCGGUCUACCGGCUGCCCAACGAGAAGGAGAUCGUACAAGGGGUGCUGCAACAGGGCACGGCGUGGAGAAGGAACCAGACGGCGGCGAGAGUCUUCAGGAAACAGAUGGAAGACUGCUGUGACCCCGCCCAUCUCUUUGCUAUGACUAAAAUGAAUUCCCCCAUGGGGAAGAGCAUGUGGUAUGAUGGGGAGUUUUUAUACUCAUUCACCAUUGACAAUUCAACUUAUUCUCUCUUCCCCCAGGCAACCCCAUUCCAGCUGCCCUUGAAGAAAUGCGCGGUGGUGGGAAAUGGUGGGAUUCUGAAGAAGAGUGGCUGUGGCCGUCAAAUAGAUGAAGCAAAUUUUGUCAUGCGAUGCAAUCUUCCUCCUUUGUCAAGUGAAUACACUAAAGAUGUUGGAUCCAAAAGUCACUUAGUGACAGCUAACCCCAGCAUAAUUCGGCAAAGGUUUCAGAAUCUGCUGUGGUCCAGAAAGACAUUUGUGGACAACAUGAAGAUUUAUAACCACAGUUACAUCUACAUGCCUGCCUUUUCUAUGAAGACAGGGACAGAGCCAUCUCUCCGGGUUUAUUACACGCUGUCAGAUGUUGGUGCCAAUCAAACAGUGCUCUUUGCCAACCCCAACUUUCUGCGUAGCAUUGGAAAGUUCUGGAAAAGUAGGGGAAUCCAUGCCAAGCGCCUGUCCACAGGACUCUUUCUGGUGAGUGCGGCUCUGGGUCUCUGUGAGGAGGUAGCUAUCUAUGGUUUCUGGCCCUUCUCUGUGAAUAUGCAUGAGCAGCCCAUCAGCCAUCACUACUAUGAUAACGUCUUGCCCUUCUCUGGCUUCCAUGCCAUGCCAGAGGAAUUUCUCCAGCUCUGGUAUCUUCAUAAAAUCGGUGCACUGAGAAUGCAGCUAGACCCGUGUGAAGACACUUCACUCCAGCCCACUUCCUAGGGACCAUGGAAAAAGAAAGAACCGAGACAGGGUAUUUUUGUUAGGUUUUCUACAGGACUCCAAAAGGAAAUGGUCAAGUCAUUUCAUGGAUUCACAUGGGCCACUUGGAAAAACAAAACAAAACAAAACAAAAACAAAACAACUAUAAAAACCCAAGAGAAACUCUACUUUGGCUUGGAGGACAAAUAAGAAAUGAAACAUCCUAUGAAAUAUUUUGUAGCACAUUGUGGAUUUGCAACCAGUAACAUGCUGAUGAGAUGAUGUUGGUAAAGCACAUUUAGGUGGUUCAAAUCUAGAAGAUGCAGUUCACAAACAAGACAGAACUCUGGUUGUUGAAGGUGAAGAAUUAAUCAAGGUGGAAUAAAGGAAAUGCCAGCGCAAAGUGUUACUGAUUAUCAACACAAUCUGGCUUUAGGAAAAAAACCUAUCAUAUCUUAGAACCAUAGGUUUUUAAAAAAUGAUUAUUUAUUUUUGCCCUAUUUAGGGGCAGUGAGUGGGUGAUGAGGUAGCUAAAAAAAAAAAAAUCCCUUACUGAGUAAUAAAGAUAUA